AUGCCAUGGCCCAGACCGUGGUCCUCCUCGACAAAGGAUGACUCUGUAGCCAAGGAUACUGACGGCUCCAGGGACAGUCGUCUCCUGGACUUACCAACCACAACACCCUCAGACACCAGCAAACCAGUCCAGCGCGAAGCCUCCAAUGACUCCUUCUCAAGCCUCUGGACCUUCACUGAUCCCCAGACCAUAAGUGCUGCGGUAAUAUUGACGGCUGCCUCGCUCGGAUGCUUCACUUUUUACAAGGCCUAUCUUCGAAGGAUUCCCCAAGCAAUCAACAUCAACCCUGGCUUUCUCCGGCGAAGGAGCAUCCUGGGAAAGGUUACAAGCGUGGGAGAUGGAGAUAAUUUUCGGGUCUAUCACACACCAGGUGGUCGAUUUGCCGGCUGGGGUUGGUUUCCUGGGAGGCAGGUGCCCACGGACAAGAAAAAGCUGAAGGACCAAACAAUUCAUGUUCGUCUUGCCGGAAUCGAUGCGCCUGAACUUGCACAUUUUGGCCGACCGUCGCAGCCGUACGCGCAGGAGGCCCUGGAUUGGCUGACAGCUUACGUGCUGGGCAGACGUGUCCGUGCCUACGUUUACAAGAUAGACCAAUAUAGCCGAGUUGUUGGCACGGCAUACGUGUGGAAAGGACUUCUUCGGCGUGAUGUUGGCCUCCAGAUGCUGAGGGCUGGAUUGGCAACGGUGUAUGAGGCCAAAUCAGGGGCCGAGUUUGGCAAGGGUUUGGAAAAGAAGUAUCGGAGGGCUGAAUGGUGGGCAAAGACAAAACGAAAAGGCAUGUGGGCUGCAAGCAAGAAAGACUACGAGAGUCCUCGGGAGUACAAGACUCGACAUGGCAUGGGGGCACCACAAGAUGGACCAAAGCAGUGA